AUGGUACAAUCGCUAGGGAACAAUAACAAUACCCAUGAUGAGGUUGUAGGGACUUCCAAUGGGUCUGGAAAUCCCCUGGAUACCACACCAAGUGUAUUUAAGGUUCUUGAUGAUAAUAUGUAUCAAGAUGAGUAUGGGGAUAGUGGAGAUUUCCCAUUUCUUCGCGAGAGAAAGUAUGGUGAUUCCAUUAAAUCACGAUCCAAUUACCAAACCAUGACUCAAAUUAACCUUUCAGGACCUCCAGAUCUUUUGCAUGUGGGUAAGUAUUGUGGUAUAACAAGCUCAGCCUACGAGGAUGAUUUCUUGGGUGAGAUCGAUAAGCAUGAAGAUGGUUACAUAGGUACUUAUCAUUAUGUUAAUGGAGUUUACCACGAUUGUUAUUACUCAAUAGAGAAGUACAUCUUCGAUGUCAUGGGAAUCAAAAUCAAAAACAAUGAUUAUUACUGGGAUAGUGUCAAUAAGAAGGAGACCGUGGUGACUUAUUGUUCUUACAACAUUUUCACCAAGAGUGACUUGAGAAUCAAAUACGUUUUAACCCCCAAUAAUAAGAAGACCAUCUCCAUAGAUAAAACGUUUCAAAUCUUGCCGAGUGAUUCCAAUGGCAGGAAGGUUCAGGCUUCAAUAGGUAAGUUGAAUGAUUUCAAUUGGGAUGAUAUUAAUGUUUCUUCGAUUAUAAGAUCAUUUCAAAUGGAUGAACCGUCCAAACAAUUACCAGGACUGAUCAACUUCUCCAAAUUAGUCGACAGUAAAUCAAGGAUCAUAAACUGUCUUCAAUUACUUGUGAAAUACCUUUCCAAAGGGUACCUCACCAAUUAUGAUGAAAGUUAUGGAUUAGUGACAGGGUGCCAAAACAAUAAUAACUUGAAAACCAACCAUUUCAGAAAUAACCUUACUGAUACAAUAAUCAGAAUCUGUGACUUGGAUUAUAAUGGGAACCUUACCAAGUACACAAUAGAGCUUUUGGAUAAUUUGAAAGAUGAUUGGACUUGGCUCAAACUCAGACUAUUGAAGAAUGCAAAUGGAUAUAACAGUUCUGUAGAAUUUGUGAACACUAUCCAUAGCUACUUCAAAAACAACGAUAUUUAUACCACCCAUUCAUGCUUGAUCUUACUCGAGCAAAUCAAAUUCUUGAUAUCCAAACAAGAUUAUACCAAUGCUGUAAAGUUGAGUGAAACCACCAUCAAGAUCAUGCCAUUAGAUUUUGAAUGUUGGUAUUAUCUUAUUUUGAGUUAUACAUUGGUGGACGAUUAUGAGAAUGCUUUCAUUUCUCUUAAUUCUUUACCAAUUACCAUUAAUCAAAACUUAGAGGUUGAAGUGGUUUCCGGUAUUGAAGACACCUUUUCGACCAACUUUUUACAGAAAGAGAUGAGCGAAAAGACCUUCAUGAAAUACUUCCCUCCACCAAAUUCAUUAUCCCAACAUUCGUUACCUUCAAUUUCCAAACAGUCCACUGGAGAGAUUAAAAAAAUCUGGAAAGAUGUGUUCAUAUUCAAUCCUCUCAGUAGACAUCCAAUCAUGGGGAACAAAUUUUAUCAAACCCCUAUCAUUUGUAAAUCAGUUCAAGAAGUUUCAUCCAUCGAUGGUAAUUUGAGACGACUCACCGAUGUUAAUACCCUCAAGCUCAAAUUAUCGGGCCAUUCUGCUAACUCCACUUCCAGUUCCAUGCUUGAUUUCACCAAAAAAUCUACCUGGGGGAAAGCAUACAAUAUUUUAUCAUACAUCAUAGCCAAGAUAGGAUGGGAGGAAGUAAUGCAUAUUAAAGUCAAGUUGUUCCAUACUUCAUCUAAAAAGAUAUCUGCCGUCAAUAACGAUAAAAACCAACUCAUCUUCAUAAACCCAUGGUUGGAACAAUUAUUUCUUAUAAUCUAUGAGGAUUUGAAGACUUUGAUGGUGAUAACAGACGCCACCAAGCUACAAAACCAUAGUAUUCUCCAAUGGGAAUUAUUAGGAAUACUUGGAUGGAAUGUUAAGUAUAAUUUGAAAUUCACUAUCUCAUCAUUGAUCACAUCAUUCAUUGGAGACUCAAGUAAUUACAAAGAUAUCCACUAUUUCAACUCCGUUCAGAUCCUCAUCAUCUAUGAUGAGUUCAUCCUUGGAGAAGUUGAUAAUUCUCAAAUCGAUAAUCUUAAUGAUGAUUACAUGAAAAGUUAUUACUUGAACAAAUUGAUCUUGAAGGAUAACAUGGUUUUCAACACAUUCUUGAACUCAAUUACUAAGGAUUACUUGACUAUAGAUUUGAUCCUUAUGAUUUUGAUCAAGUUAAUCAGUUGGAACUUGAGAUGGUACCAAUUCCUCCCCAGUUAUUUAGUACAAAAGAUCCUUAACAAGUUGAUUAUCAUACAUUCUUCGGAGUUCAUCCUCAGUAAGAUGAGAAUCAUCUUCAACGAAAACAAGAGUGGUAACGACGGGUGGUUUAAGAAGGGAGAACAAAAAAUGUUCGAAGGAGAUGAUUCAAUAAUAGAGUAUUUCGAAAAGUUAUUUGCAUGGAUUGAAGGAGUCGCCAUAAGAGAUUGA